AAACGGUCCGCAUAACACACGUGUGUUUGUGGAUAAAUGUCACAUGAUCCAAAAAUGCCGUCAACUCAGAACGUUGAGGAGCAGGAGAAGCUUCUUGAGGAGGCCCAGACCAUCGUAAAGAAUCAAUCAUUUCAGAUGAAAAGAUGUCUGGACAAAGGAAAGCUGAUGGACGGACUAAAGCAUGCUUCCACGAUGCUAGGUGAACUCAGAACUUCGCUCCUUUCCCCGAAAAGCUAUUAUGAGCUGUACAUGUCCAUAUCGGAUGAACUCCGCCACCUGGAGCUCUACCUCGUAGAUGAGUUCCAGAAAGGCAGGAAGGUGUCUGACCUGUAUGAGCUGGUGCAGUACGCGGGGAACAUCGUGCCCAGGCUGUACCUGUUGAUCACAGUGGGUGUCGUGUACAUCAAGACCAACGAGCUCUCUCGCAAGGACAUCCUCAAGGAUCUCGUGGAGAUGUGUCGUGGUGUGCAGCACCCUCUAAGGGGCCUCUUCCUGCGAAACUACCUGCUGCAGUGCACGAAAAAUGUGCUCCCUGAUGUCGAGGUAGAAGUUGCCAGCUCAGGAGAAUACGAGGGUGGCACCAUAUCAGACUCCAUUGACUUCAUCUCGCUCAACUUCUCUGAGAUGAACAAGCUCUGGGUGCGCAUGCAGCACCAGGGUCACACACGCAACAAGGAGAAACGGGAGAGGGAGCGACAGGAGUUGCGCAUCUUGGUCGGCACCAACCUGGUCAGGCUGAGUCAGCUAGAGUGCAUCGAUAUGAACAAGUACAAAAAGAAUGUACUGCCUGGAGUGUUGGAACAAGUGGUGAGCUGUAGAGACGCUAUUGCCCAAGAAUACCUGAUGGAGUGUAUUAUACAGGUGUUUCCAGACGAUUUUCACCUGCAGACUCUGACUCCAUUCCUGAGAGCGUGUGCAGAGCUGCACGCCAACGUCAACGUGAAAAACAUCAUCAUCUCUCUCAUUGACAGACUGGCCCAGUUUGCCCAGAACGAGGAGGGGUCAGGCAUUCCCUCGGAGAUCCAGCUCUUUGACAUCUUCUCACAGCAGAUCUCCCAGGUCAUACAGAACCGUUCGGACAUGCCCCCGGAGGACAUAGUGGCCCUGCAGGUGGCUCUGAUCAACCUUGCCCUCAAGUGCUACCCAGACAAGAUCGAGUACGUGGACAAGGUUCUCGAGACCACAGAGGAGAUCUUCAACAGGCUCAACCUUGACCAUUCACCUGGGUCCAAGGAUAAGAGUCUAGAACACGGCAGCCCAGUCUCUAAGGAGCUGAUGCGUCUCAUGAAGAUCCCCAUCGAGAACUACAACAACGUGCUGACCGUCCUGGAGCUGCAGCACUUUGGUCCGCUGUUUGAGUACUUUGACUACCAGAGCCGGAAGGCAAUGAGCUGCUUCCUGAUUUCUAACGCCCUUGAAAACGAGACCAACAUACCCACACAGGAUCAGGUUGACAACCUGCUGUCCAUCAUCAGCGUGCUGGUGCAGGACCAGAAUGACCAGCCCGAGGAGGGAGAUGACCCUGAGGAUUUUGCUGAGGAGCAGGGACUCAUUGGUCGCUUCAUACACCUGCUGUACUCUGAGGAUCCAAACCAGCAGUAUCUGAUUCUUAAUGCAGCUAGAAAGCAUUUCGGAGCUGGUGGAGACAAGAGAAUACGGUUUACCCUGCCCCCCAUUGUGUUCUCUGCCUACAGGUUGGCCACUCGGUACAUGCACAGCUCAGAGGAGGACGAGAACUGGCAGAAGAAGUGCCAGAAGAUCUUCCAGUUCUGUCACCAGACUAUUGGCGCACUCAUCAAGGCCGAGCAGGCCGAGAUCCCACUGCGGCUCUUCCUGCAGGGUGCCAUGGCAGCGGGAAAUAUCGCCUUUGAGAACCAUGAAACUGUCGCAUAUGAGUUUAUUUCACAGGCAUUCUCCCUGUAUGAGGAUGAAAUCUCAGACAGCAAGGCCCAGUUGGCAGCCAUAACCCUGAUCACCGGCACGCUGGAACAGAUGGCGUGCUUUGGAGAGGAGAAUCAUGAACCUCUACGCACGCAGUGUGCACUCGCAGGAUCCAAGCUUCUUAAGAAACCUGAUCAGUGUAGGGGCGUCGCCACUUGCUCUCACUUGUUUUGGUCUGGGAAGAGUUCAGCACACGAAGGGGAGUCGAGGGAUGGCAAACGAACGUCAGACUGCCUGAAGAAGGGAGUGAAGAUAGCCAACCAGUGCAUGGACAACUCUGUACAAGUACAGCUCUUUGUGGAGCUACUCAACCACUACAUCUACUACUAUGAGAAGGGAAAUGAUCAGAUAACACUACAAGUAUUAAACCAGCUGAUAGCGAAGAUCAAGGAGACGUUGCCUAGUCUCGAGGCCAAUGAGGAGACAGAGCAGAUCAACAAACACUUUCAGAACACUCUGGAACACCUGCAGCUGCAGAAACAGGACGGGGAGGGGGCUGACUAUACAGGGCUUGUUAUCUAGAGCAAGGGACUCUUACAAUUGUACUGAAGUGUGAUAUAGACAUAAAAAUGUGACUCAUGUGAUCUUAAAUUAACACUUCAUCACUCAGAGGCAAAGUGAUCUUCACUUAACCAUUUACCUUUAGCAGCAAAGAGAAAAUGGCUAUGUGUAAACAGAGUAACUCGCAGUCUGUUCAGGCUUUAUUAUGUUUGCUGCUCAUCAGUAUCUAAGGGUUGGAAAUGAAGCCUUUAAAACUUGAAUCUAUAAAGAAAGGUAUUUAAUUAAAUAUAACGUUCUCAGGGACUACAUAUGCGUGAAAAUACACAUCUAAGUGGUAAAGGGUUAACCCUUCAUCACACAGAGGAACAUUUUGACAUGUUUGUAGUCCAUUAGAAAAUUAAAUUAAAGACCAUGCUUACUAAUGGGUAAUAGUGGUAUAUUGAAACAAUGCAUCUUUCAGUACUGAUUAUUUUGGCGCCAAGGAUCAGAGGUUCAUUUUGGUCAUUUGUAUAUUAUACAAAAUAACAUGUGUAGAGUACAUUAGGAAUAAACAUGUUAUAUGUGGUAUACAACACUCAAUCUUCAUGUGCAUGUAGGUAUCAGUGAAUGUGCCUGGUGAUCAAAAACUUGAAUUACAGUUUUUACUUGCUAGCAACUAUUUAAAUAUUUGUCUGUUCUAUAAGGACUUCCCAUAAAUAUGUACAUUUGGAAUCAAACAACUGCUAUGUAACAGCACAUACCCAGUUUGGUAUUUUCCAACAAUUAUCUUUAAUUAUUUAUAAUUAUAUCCUGUAUUAUGUUAAAACAGUCAUAUUUUUUGUUUUACUUGGUUAUUACAUGUAAGUUAACUCGUGUAUUAAGUAAGUUAACUCGUGUAUUAAGCAAUACAACCUCUGCAAGAUUUUUAUACCCCUGUUCAGGUAUGUAAUGAUUUAUUCUGUUAAGUUCAUGAAAGAUUGCACUAACAAACAAAUAUACUUUUUCUCGUUCAUAUCAAAGAAUAGUUUUGAUUUUUAAUUAAGAAAGUACUGUUUUUUUAUUUGUGUGUAGUCUUUUAAUUAUUUUGUAUGUAUACAUUAAUCUAAAUAUUAAUUUUUUGGUGCAUGUUAUGGUGUCACUCUGCUAUGUGUAAUUUGCAAUGACAAACACAGCGGAAUAAAAAAUUCAAAACCAUUUAUUUUCAUUCUCUUUUUAUGCAGUUGUCUGUGUAUUUGACCAUUUAGGUAAAGAUAUAAAUGUAUGGUCAUAUGUGUCACAUAAAGUGUUACACACUGCUAGGUAAAAUGUGUAACACACUGCUAGGUAAAACGUGUCACAUAAGUGUUACACACUGCUAGGUAAAAUGUGUCCCAUAACUGUUAUACACUGCUAGGUAAAAUGUUUCAUAUAAAGGUAACACACUGCUAGGUCAUUCCUGUCACGCAAGGGUUACACACUGCCAGGUCAUACGCAUCAUAUAAGGGUUACACACUGCCAGGUCAUACGCAUCAUAUAAGAGUUAAACACUGCCAGGUCAUACGCAUCAUACAAGGGUUACACACUGCACUGUCAUAUGUAUCACGUAAAGGUAACACACUGAUAGGUCAUAUGUGUCAUGUAAGGGUUACACACUGCUAAGUAAAACGUGUGACAUAAGGGUGACACACUGCCAGGUAAAACAUUUUACAUAAGGGUUACACACUGCUAGGUCAUUCAUGUCACGCAAGGUUUACACACUGUCAGGUCAUCUGCAUCAUGUAAGGUUUACACACAGCUAGGUCAUACAAAUCAUGUAAGGGUUACAUACUGCUAGGUCAUAUGUGUCAUACAAGGGCUACACCUGAAAGGUCAUAUGCGUCGCACAAGUGUUACACACUGCUAGGUCAUAUGUGUCAUAUAAGGGUUACACACUUCUAGGUUAUUCCUGUCGCACAAGGGUUACACACUGCUAGGUCAUAAUCAUCAUGUAAAGGUUACACACUGCAGGGUCAUAUGUGUCUCAUAAGGGUUGCACGCUGAUAAAUCAUAUGUGUCACAUAAGGGUUUCACACUGCUAGGUAAAACAUGUUACAAGGGUUACACACUGCUAGGUCAUUCCUAACACGCAAGGUUAAACACUGCUAGGUCAUACAAAUUAGCCAAGGGUUACACACUGCUAGGUCAUAAGAAUCAUGCAAGGGUUACACACUGCUAGGUCAUACGAAUCACGCAAGGGUUACAUACUGCUAGAUCAUGUGUCACAUAAGCGUUACACACUGCUAGGUCAUAUGUGUCACGUAAGGGUUACACACUGCUAGGUCAUAUGUGUCACGUAAGGGUUACACACUGCUAGGUCAUAUGUGUCACAUAAGCGUUACACACUGCUAGGUCAUAUGUGUCACAUAAGCAUUACACACUGCUAGGUCAUAUGUGUCACGCAAGGGUUACACACUGCUAGGUCAUAUGAAUCAUGCAUGGGUUACACACUGCUAGGUCAUACGAAUCACGCAUGGGUUACACAAUGCUAGGUCAUACGAAUCACGCAUGGGUUACACAAUGCUAGGUCAUACGAAUCACGCAAGGGUUACACACUGCUAGGUCAUAUGUGUCACAAAAGGGUUACACACUGCUAGGUCUUGUGUCACAUAAGGGUUACACACUGAAAGGUCAAACGUGACAUGUAAGGGUUACACACUGCUAGGUAAUAUGUGUCAUGUAAGGAUUACACACUGCUACAUGUAGGUCAUACAUGUCUGUAGUUACACACUGCUAGGUCAUAUGUGUCAUGUAAGGGUUACACACUGAUAAGUCAUACGUGUUAGCAAGCUAAAUUUAAUUGAAGACCUUUUUUUACUACAUUCAAGUUUUAAAGGCUUCAUUUCCAAGCCUUAAGAAACUGAUGCGCAGCAAACAGUAUAUAACCUGAACAGACUGCGAGUUAUUUGCAGGCUGUUCUGGUUUAAUGCUGUUUGCACAGAGCCAUUUUCACUUUGCCUCUGAGUGGGAAAGGGUUUAACACUACAGACCAGACAAGACUUCCUGAGUAUUGGUCACCUUUGUGACAAAGCUUAUAGUUUAUAAAGUUUGACCAGACAGGAAUGCCAGGGUAUUGGUCACCUUUGUCACAAAGCUAUAAGUUCUCAAAGUUUGACUAGACAAGAAGGCUAGAGUAUUGGUCACCUUUGUCACAAAGCUUUAAGUUCUCAAAGUUUGACAAUUUACUUCCUUAAGUGAAGCCAACUAAUUAAAAGCCCAUGAACACUAAAAAUCAAUAAAUAUUUAGUACAAUUUUUUGAUUGCUAUAAGGAAUAUUCAUUUUGUAUGAGUGAACUUUAUUUGUUCGAAAUACUGUACCAAAUAUUAGUUGAUUUUGUGGGUUUAUGGGCUUUUAAUUCACCUGACACAACCUGGAUAGGUAUCCAUUUGUGCAAUUUUUUUAAAAUAAAAAUCAAAUGGGUGGUGAAAUUAGGGCUUAGACAAAAGGGUUUUGACAAUUAGGUUCUCUCUUUUGAUUUUAAAGACUGACAAUGUUAUUGUCUGAUUUUUGCAUGUCAAAACAGUAUCAUAUUUAAUAAGCAUGUGCCCUAAGUAAUUUAGAAACCCUCCAUUGUGAGUGAAAGUAUUGGUUUAGGCAAGUUUCAGACCAACAGACAGACAUUUAUUAAGCCUGCCCUUCUAUCUUUUGGGAUUUUUUAGAUUAUUUGUCUUCUGGUGUGUUCAUCUUUCAUAAAUUAACAGUUAAAGAAAUAUUAAAUGAAAGAUAAUCCACAGAUUUGUACAUCACACACAUAUUAAAAGUCAAAUAACAUGUAGAUUUUAUUUGCAUGACUUUUCAUAACAUUCAAUUCAAAUUCAUGUAUAAUCAUACCAAAGCAUCCAUCAUUCAUGUACACAUUUUUAGAUUUCGGCAUUUAUGCAAUUUUAACUUACAUCAUUCAAUCAUCAUAAUACUUUGACAGAUUAUAAAUGAUUGAACCUUCUAUAAGCAUUUCAAUUUGUAAUACACACC